GUAAGCAAACAAAUUUCAAAUUUUAAACGCAAGAGCUAAGAUCCAGCCAAGUGCAGUGUGACCCAUAAGAAAGUUUAACCAAACCAAAUUCGAGCAGUGUCAGUGCUUGUAUGUGAACCGGCGAUCCAAUGAAAAUGGAAGAUCCCACCAUCGCCGAGUCAUACCUGCAGGAAUUUAAUUUGGAUCAUUUGGGCGAAGGCGUGGCCGGUAACACGGUAACAACCCUAACGCCGGUGACCGCCGCCGCCGCCGCCAUUGGGCAUGUUAAGCGCGAGGAUCACAGUCCACCACAGCCGGUUAAAUGGACAACAGUGCAUGGCGCUGAGCCGCCAGCGGAUGAGGAGGCGGAACCGCUGCCAAUGCCACUGCCACUACCCAUUGCUGUACCGGAAGCGGCCGGCGCUGACGGCUCCCAGCUGGCUUCUGUAUCGCACAUAAAGCUGCGCUCCUUUUCGGGACAUCAGUGGCACAUAGAUGAGCGACGCUUGCAGCCGCUCAGCCCGCCGCCCGAGGGCUAUGUGGGCGAUCCCGUUGGCGGUCAAGCUGUGUUGGUGAACACCGCCGCAGCUUCUGCCGCUGCCCCUACUGUGCCUGGCGGCGUACCAUCCACACCGCCAGAGACACCGCCCGUAGUGGGUUCACCCACGGGCAGCAGCAGCUGCCCCAGUCAGGCAUAUGCGCAUCAUUACCAUGCCGGACGCUCCAACUCCGGCGCCAAUGUGGCCGCCGUGGGUCUCAGUCAGGAGAUGAUGUGGCUGCCUAAUUCGAUGCGUGCCGAUCAACAGCCGCUGGAUUUGCGCCCGCUUGCCUGUCCCGGCACACAGGAGGAGGCCGAGGAGUGGGAGCGUCAGAGAGAGUAUGCCAUGCAUGCCGCCGCUGCGGCGGCACAUCAUCAUCAUGGACAUCCGCUGAUGCAGAGCCACCAUCAUCAUCAUCAUGCCCAGACAAGGCAUAUGCAGGCACAACAUCCCCCGCAUCAUGCCCAUCAUCAUUUUCACAGUCUGGAGCACGCGCUGCCCAUCAAUAUGCACUCGAACUCCGCGAACUCGUAUGCGGGCAGUCCUGGCCCUGUUACCGGUGCCCCUGGCAGCCUAUGUCAAACGCUUACCAAUUGUGGGCCACAGCUGCCCUCAGCUGGCAGCAGCAGCGGAGCCAGCAGCGCCUCCAAUUCACGUGGCUGUGUCCGUUCUAUACUGCAGCCCUGUCGCCCGCUGUCGGCGAGCUCGACACGCAGCUCUAACAAUUCGCCACGCACCUGCUCCGGUGCGUACAGCAAUGCCACGCUAGAGGAUUGCAUCAAUGAUGACAUGCUGACCACGUUGACUGUGAGAGAGCUCAAUAAACGCCUGCACGGCUGCCCACGGGAGGAGGUAGUGCGCCUGAAGCAGAAGCGGCGCACGCUCAAGAAUCGUGGGUAUGCACAGAAUUGCCGCUCCAAGCGGCUGCAUCAGCGCCACGAACUAGAAAAGGCCAAUCGCCAGCUCAACCAGGAUCUGCAUCGACUCAAGAUGGAGUAUUCGCGCGUUUGCCAGGAACGCGACGCACUGAUGCUGCGCCUCCAGCAGCAGAGAACAGGCGCCGCCGCCGCCGGCGCGGACAGUCAAAGCUCGCCGGAGUUCUAUCUAUGACGCCAACUGGCGGCGGCCCCAACGGCUUCCAUCUCAAAUAACUCGCAUCCGUUGCAGCAGCAACAGCAGCAGCAGCAGCAGCAGCCUCAGUCGCAGUCACAGUCUCUGCCGCCGCAUCGUGCCUCGCAUUCUCAUCCGCAUUCGCAGUGGCCACCACAGCAGGUGGUUAACUAAUCUGAUCUGGUAAAUGACGCCAAAAUAGUCCACAAGUGAAAAUGCUUCCCAACAAAUUUGAACAACAUAUUUAAAUUUCCGUUUAAUAUAAGAUACAUCUCAUACAUUCAGUUUCCCUGGGACUGCACUAGAGUUU